UUGGACAUCGCGAUGCUAACAUGCUACCUGCUCCUAUUUCAAAAAUGUAAGGUCAAAGUCGACUUAAAAUUCAGAUUUUUGUUUUUGUUUUUAAAUUGACCUGUUAUUUUGGACUUAAAGUCUUAGCUUUGUCAUCUUUUUUUCUGUAACAACUAUUUUAAGUGGUUAAACGUUCGAGGUGAAGCCUGGUUUAAAGCUAACAGAGUUAGCUUUGGCGCCUGUUUAAGUGAUCAGACAAGUUUUGAUGGGCUAAAAACGCUCCUGGGAGUUUAAGUAAAGAUGUCCAAAGUCCAAAUUCUGAGAUCUCUAGUGAACCAAAGGCUGGCGGAGGCUGUUGAUGAAGUUUUUGAGCUGUUUGAAAGAACGAUAGCAGAGUACGAGGAGCAGCUUUGUCGAUCGAAAGAAGAAAACGAGCGACAACAAAAACUACUGGAGGCUGUUAUCAACCCCGAAGUCCAUUUACAGACAGCAGAUGACCAGCAGCUGAUGGUGAUAAAAGAUGAGGUUCUUCCUGAGCAGCAGGAGAGGAACUCCAGUCUGAACCAGGAAACUCCACCAGAACCAGCACACAUUAAAAAGGAACAGGAGGAAAUGUGGAAAAGUCAGGAAAGAGAGCAGCUUCAAGAGGGAGAAGAUGAUGUUGCCAUCAUGUUCACAUUCACUCCUUUACCUAUGAAAAGUGAAGAGGAGGAUGAGGAGAAACCGCAUUCCUCACAGCUUCAUCAGAGACAAAGUAAUCAGAGAGAGACAGAAUCUGAGCGAAAGGACUGUGGAGGAUCAGGAGCAGAGAGAGUCUCUAAUCCACACAGUCAUUUACAAUCAGUUACUUCUGACAAGACAUCAGUCCUUUCUGGCUCCGAUACUGAUCACAGUGAUGACUGGGGGGAGAGUGAUAAACCUCAAGAAGAUUUAAACCCUCAGCAAAACAAAGAUGUAGCUGUAAGUUAUAUGGAAUGUAACACUGGAAAUGCACCAGUUACCUCCUAUGAAUAUGCUUCAAGCUUUGUACAAAAGAAAAAGCGUAAGAAGCACGACAUAAUCCAAACAGGAGAGGAACCAUUUUGUUGCUCAGUAUGUGAUAAAAUAUGUCCAAGUAAGGGGAAUUUACUACAACACAUGUUGCGUCAUUCAACAGAAAAAAAUUUCAGCUGCUCAUUUUGUAAUAAAAGUUUUCACUCCAGAGCAGAGAUGAUGACACACACAAGAGUACACACAGGAGAGAAGCCGUUCAUUUGUUCGGUUUGUGGUAAAAGUUUCUCUCAACAUGUCAGUCUGAGGCGGCACUUGACUGUCCACACAGAGGAGAAACUGUUUAAUUGUUCCGUUUGUGACAAAAAGUUCAAAAGAAGUGAACAUCUUGAAAGGCACACUCUUGUCCACACAGGAGAGAAACCAUUCAGUUGUUCAGUUUGUGGUAAAAGAUAUGUGCAAAAUGAACAUCUAAAACGACACUAUGCCAUCCACACAGGGGAGAAACUGUUUAGUUGUUCUGUCUGUGGUAGAAGAUUCUCACAAAGCGGACAUUUAAAAAGACACUAUGUCAUUCACAGAGGAGACACCAUCUAGUUGCAAUGAUUAUGGUGGAAGAUUCCCUCAGUUUCAUUAUGCCAGAAAACACAAGUGCAUUAGUGGAAGAAAAAAAUGAAACAUUGAGAUUCUUGUGAGACCUGACUUUUUAAGUGCACAGGCCAAUCCAACAUUAGUGUUUUAAAAUCCUUCCAUUCAUCUAUUAUUUCUAUAGCUCAGGAUUGCAAGGGACUGAAGCCAAUCCCAGCUUUUAUCAGAAGAGAGACAGGGUACACCUGCCAGCCAAUCACCGGAUGAAAGUGUAGAAACAGAGAAAUAGUUGGACUCACAAUGACACCUUCAGACAAUUAAGAGUCAUCAAGUAACCAAACAAGCAUGUGCUUCAGCUAUGGAGGAAACCUGGUCAACCUUCUAUCUUACUAGAGGCGUAAGCACUAGCCACUGCACUACCACGCAACCCCAGUUGGAAAAUGUUAUUUGAAAAUUGCAUUAAAUUAUUUUUUACUGGUA